GAGAAGGUCGCGGGUGUCGCCGCGUCCCCGCCGGGAUGAGCCAGCGCCACAGCCAGCGCCGCGGGCCCCGGGCCGACAUGGUGCCCGAGAUCGCCGCCGCCGUGGGCUUCGUGUCCGGCCUGCUGCGGACGCGGGGCUGCGUCAGCGAGCAGCAGCUGCAGGUCUUCAGCGGGGCGCUGCGGGAGGCGCUCACAGAGCACUACAGACACCACUGGUUCCCCGAGAAGCCCUCCAAAGGCUCCGGCUACCGCUGCAUCCGCAUCAACCAGCGGAUGGACCCUCUGCUGAGCCGGGCGGCGGGGCAGGGCGGGCUGGGCGUGCCCCAGCUGUUCCAGCUGCUGCCCCGCGAGCUCACGCUCUGGGUGGAUCCCUACGAGGUCUCCUACAGGAUCGGCGAGGACGGCUCCAUCUGCGUCCUCUACCAGGCCGCCAGGCCCCACCACGCCAGCCCCUACGGAGGGAUGCUCACCUGCAAGAACCAGAUGAUGCUGGGCCGCAGCAGCCCUUCCAAAAACUACAUCAUGACUGUCUCCAGUUAA